AUGUCUCAAAGAUACAGCCGUCGCGGGAGCGUUGAUUCUUUGUCAACGAUUGGCACUGAGUCUUCCAUCAGUCGAGCACCUUCGCCUCCGCCUCAUGCGCCCGGCACUCCAGUUGUCGUUCGCACACGGACAACAACUGUCACAACCACAACGUCCCCUAGGUGGUCACGAACUACUCGGACCUCAACGCGUACCACCACUUCCUAUCAUGCCCCUCCACCUGCAUCUCCUUCGCCGCCUCGCUUCCAUGGAUCCAUCCCCUCAACGCCUUCACUGGUUCCCUCACUUCCGUCAACACCUCGCCAACCCCGCUCACACGGCUCUCGCUACAGUCUACCUUCCGUUGAUGCACGGUCAUACACCACGCCAACAUUAUCUUCGCGUUCAGUUUCUCGACCGCCUAGCCCCGAUCCUCCUCUUUCUCCGGUUUCCCGUGGUUCAACCUUCUCGCAACCUCGUCCACCCCCCGCGUUGCGUCCAGAUCCCAACUUCAUUCCCAGCAUACCCCACCCGAGCACAUUCAGGCGGCCCGUAGGAGCUGUUGAGGGGAACUACGUCGUCAACCGCGGGCAGGAAGUGGGUCUAUUCUACAGUUGGGGUGAUGCAGAUGCCCGUACCUCAAAGGUGUCAGGGGGCUCAAUGAGAAAACAUCCAACGUUCGAAGAGGCACUUGCCGACUACACGCGCCAGUACGAGCAAGGGCUAGUCCGUGCCUCUCCCUUUCAACAUGGGCCCUUCUGGCCUCAAGUACCUGUAUCGCCUCCUGUCGACGCCAACGAGGAAGUUGUAGUUAGUCCCGAGGAUGAUAUCUCAGACCUGAUCUUAUCCCUUUCCAUAGACGAGGCAGCCGGUAACUUUCAUCGACGUAAUUAG